AUGAUUAAGAAGGAAGGAGAUGGAGGCAAUGGAAACUAUCACAACCGAAAUCCUAGUGGAGGGGUAGCUAGCAUGCCAAAAGCUAAGGGUAAAGUUUUUGCAAUGAGGGGAGAAAAAGUAUCUAACUCUGACAUGAUGAUUGGAGGUACAUGUAUUAUCCGAGAUACUCCUUUAUCUGUGAUGUUUGAUUCAG